CCGCGGACCUGUGAAAUGGGGGGUCGGCUGGACACCCCCUCCUGCUUCAAGACCCUCUCGCUUCCCCUCGCGGCUCCGAGGCGGCGGGGCCCAGUCUCACGGCCAAGGUGGAGCGGCCGGGAGCGGGUGCCUGGCGGCGCACGCGGGCCGAGCCACCUGCCAGCCUCGGGGUGGAGGAGCCACCUGCCAGCCUCGGGGCGUGGCCGCUGGGAGCAGCGGAGCUCGGGCCCUGACGUCACGACCGCCCCCGAGUCCGGGCCCAGACCCUGUGCCUCUGAAGACAUGGAGUUUGUGUCUGGAUACCGGGAUGAAUUCCUUGAUUUUGCUGCUCUUCUCUUUGGCUGGUUCCACAAGUUUGUGGCAGAGCGAGGGCCGGUAGGGGCCAGUUUUGAGGGCCGCUGGCGACAGCUGGAAGCUCAGAUCAAAAGGCUGCCCCAGGACCCUGCCCUUUGGGUGCUCCAUGUCCUGCCCAACCAUAGUGUGGGCAUCAGCCUGGGGCAAGGGGCAGAGCCAGGGCCUGGAUCGGGCCUGGGGGCUGCCAGGCUUCUGGGAGAUGAGCCUCCUCUCCACCUUCGAGACCUGAGCCCCUAUGUCAGCUUUGUCAGCCUAGAGGAUGGGGAGGAAGGGGAGCAGGAAGAGGAGGAUGAAGAAGAGAACGCAAAGGAGAGGAGGACAGAAAAGGUUGAACCACAGGAGGAUGGGGAGCCAGCCUCUACCAGCAGAGAAUCCCCCCAGGAAGCAAAGCCUCCACUGGAGGCAGGGGAGACUGAGCAGGACGCAGGUGGUGAGGAUGGCGGCCCAGAGGACAAAGUGGAGAACCACAUGGCACAUGAGAAGAGGAACGGACGGAGGAGAGAGGCCGGCCUCCUGCACCUUUCCUGCCUCUUACUGGUGACAGAUGAGUAUGGUACCAUCUUGGGCAUUGAUCUGCUAACGGACAGAGCCCAGGGAAGCACAGACCUGGGCUCAGGAACAGAGAACCUGGCUCCUCGGGCCUAUACUCUCCUCUGCCACAGCAUGACCUGCCCCAUGGGCUCCGGGGACCCCCGAAAGCCCCGACAGCUUACUGUGGGAGACGCCCAGCUGCAUCGAGAGCUGGAGAGCCUGGUUUCAAGACUCAGAGUGAAGCUAACAAAAACCCCAAUGCGCACAUGGGGUCCUCGGCCGGGCUUCACCUUUGCCUCUCUUCGAGCUCGAACCUGUCAUGUGUGUCACAAGCACAGCUUCGAAGUGAAGCUGACACCCUGCCCCCAGUGCGGUGCUGUCCUGUACUGUGGAGAGGCUUGUCUCCGGACGGACUGGCGGCGGUGCCCAGAUGAUGUGAGCCACAGAUUUUGGUGCCCAAAGCUUGCAGCUUUCAUGGAGCGGGCAGGGGAACUGGCCACUCUGCCUUUUACCUAUACCACAGAAGUGACCAGUGAAACCUUUAACAAGGAAGCCUUCCUGACUUCUCGAAGCCUCACUCGUGGCUACUGGACCCAGCUCAGCAUGCUGAUUCCAGGGCCGGGCACCCGCAGGAGCCCCCGCAGCAGCAUGCCGCCCCUCAGCCUUCACAGUGGAGAUCCCUACCAACUUCUCCAAGGGGAUGGGCCUGCCCUGAUGCCUCCGGUGCCCUUGGAUCCACCCAGGGGCCCCUUUGGCUCGUGGCAGGAUUACUACACAUGGCGAGGCCUUGGUCUCGACUCCCCCAUGGCUGUGCUUCUCACCUACCCACUGACUGUGUAUUACGUCAUCACGCAUCUGGUGCCCCAGUCCUUCCCUGAGCUCAACAUCCAGAACAAGCAGUCACUGAAGAUCCACGUGGUAGAGGCAGGGAAGGAGUUUGACCUUGUCAUGGUAUUUUGGGAGCUCUUGGUCCUGCUCCCCCAUGUGGCCCUAGAGCUGCAGUUCGUGGGUGAUGACCUGCCCCUUGAGAAUGACCAGCAGCAUUUUACCCUGCAGAGGGAUGGCCCUGAGGUAUCAGUCCGUCCUAGUUCUGGGGUAUCAGCACGGCUCAGCUCUGGGACUAAGGAGAAGGGAGGCCACAGGGACCUUCAGAUCAAGGUGUCAGCUAGGCCCUACCACCUGCUCCAGGGACCCAAGCCCGACCUAGUUAUUGGAUUUAACUCCGGCUUUGGCCUCAAGGACACGUGGCUGAGCUCUCUGCCUCGUUUACAGUCCCUCCGUGUGCCCGCCUUCUUCACGGAGAGCAGCGAGUACAGCUGUGUGAUGGACAACCAGACCAUGGCGGUGGCCACGGGAGGGGGCACCAGCCCUCCACAGCCCAAUCCCUUCCGCUCCCCCUUUCGCCUCAGAGCGGCUGACAACUGCAUGCCCUGGUACUGUAACGCGUUUAUCUUCCACCUGGUCUACAAACCUCCGCAAGGCAACGGGGCCCGCCCGGCGCCCUGCCCGGCGCCCCCAGCCCCAACCCCAACCCCCGCCGCUCCUCCGGCCCCCGCCCGAAGGCGCCGAGGAGAAAAGAAAGCUGGGCGCGGGGCCCGCCGGCGGAGAUGAGGGCAGAGAUCGCAGCAGUCCGCCCCCUCCCCAGCACUCCCUGCCAGGAAAAGGAAAACACCCAAGGCAGAGGGGAGGACUGGUUGGCGGAACCCAAAAAGGUAAAUAAAAUUACUUGUUUGAAAUCA